UAUGAAAUAAUUGCAGGGAACAGUCAAAUGUAGUCAAGGAAGUUGUUCAAAGGGCUUUGAGAGAACUAGAUAGCAUCCCCUUGGAGGAAUGUAGAUACCCUAUUGGAAUAGAUCUCCAUGUACGUAAAUUACUGUCUCUACUAGAUAUUGAUUCUGAUGAUGUACGAUUUGUAGCAAUAUGUGGUAUGGGUGGCCUCGGAAAGACAACUAUUGCAAAAGCUGUUUACAACCAAAUCUUUCGAAGCUUUGAAGGGAGUAGCUUUCUUAAAGAUGUAAGUGAAGAAGCAUCACAUGGUAAAAAAGGUAUAGCUUCUUUGCAAAAGCAACUUCUUCAAGAUAUCUUGAAAGAGGAUUGUGACAUAAGAAGUGUUUCUGGAGCAUUGAUAAAAAAAAGACUUCAUAGAAAAAAAAUCCUUCUUGUUCUUGAUGAUGUGGAUGAUGGUGAACAGCUUGAUGCAUUGGCUGGUGGAUGCAAUUGGUUUGGUCAAGGAAGCAAGGUCAUAAUAACAACUAGAGAUGACCAUAUUUUGGAUGUACAUAAAAAUAAAAUUGAUAAAGAUAUUCCAAUAUACAUGCCUAAAGAAUUGGAUUUCAAGAAUUCUCUUCAACUCUUAAGUUUGCACGCCUUUAAAAGGAGUGAACCUCCUGAAGAUUAUAAGCAGCUUUCACAUGAAGUGGUACGACAUGUUGGAGGGUUACCCUUGGCUCUAGAAGUGUUGGGUUCUUUUCUAAUUGGAAAAAGCAAAGAAGAAUGGGAAGAUACAUUAGAAAGAUUGAACAAUAUUCAUGAUGACAAGAAGUUUGGAAAGUCAAUAAAAAGCUAUGAUGACAAGGUCUUUCGAAAGUUGAUGAUAAGUUAUGAAAAACUAGGUGAUCCUGAGAAAACCAUAUUUCUUGAUGUUGCAUGCCAUUUCAUUGGAUGGAAAGUAGAAGAAGCAAGUUCCUUAUGGAAAGCCUGUGAGUUGGGUCCAAAAUUAGCAAUAAAAGAACUCAUUCAAAAGCACCUCUUAAAGAUUGAAGGUGAUGAUAGGAAAUUGUGGAUGCACGAUCUACUUCGAGAUAUGGGAAGGAGAAUCAUCAUGGAAGAGAGCUACGGGGACCCCACCAAACGUCGUAGGUUGUGGUCUCAUGAUGAGAUCGUUAAAGUACUAAAAAAAGACAAGGAAACUCAAAUGGUUGAAGGUAUCCUCCUUGAUCAAAAUUUUAAAUUUGAAGCAGAAGACGUUUUAAGCUGUAAAGACUUUGAGAAGAUGCACCAUUUAAGAUUUCUCCAAUUUAAAGAAAUUGACAAACUUUAUGGGGACUUUUCGCAUCUUCCUUCUACAUUAAGAUGGUUCCAUUGGGAUUGCUAUCUUUUGAAAAAUCUACCAGAUAAUUUUUAUCAUGAGGAAUUGGUUCAUCUUGAGUUAUCUAGAAGUGGUUGUAUCAAACAUGCUUGGAAUGAUGCACCUCGAAAUCAAAAUAAGGUAUUGAGUUAUCUAGAAGUAGGUUUAUCAAACAGUGGAACAUUUUCCACUGUUUUCAUCUAA